AUGGCUGCCUCAAGCAUUCCACCGGCCACCACGCGGGUGCCGUCUUCGUCCGGUACCAUGAAUGCCAGUAGUAUUCCUAACCUGCGUGACCGCAUCCCAAAGCUGCAGCCCCGUCGCCGCGCCGCAGCACCCGCCAACCCGACACCGGCACCCCCGACGCCAUCUCUACUCCCACCAACGGCUACGCCGGAGAAGUUGGGCGACUUCCAAUUUGCCAUCCCACGCCGUCGCAUCCUGAGCCAGAACGACCACGAGAUUUUCCUGGAGUCAGCAACUUGUACCCUCCUGCAGGCGUGGGUGUUUGGCCUGGCGGAGUCGGUGGUGGACACGCCCGCGGGCGUAUUUGCAGACGCUCUGGCUGCUGCGGCGGCAGCACGGCAAACUCGGACGGAACUGCCCGAAGACAUCCCUGGCCAGUGGCGGCCGGGGCAGCAGCAGCAACGGACGUACCAGAAGAACCUGCCACAGCGGCCGUUGUCGCCGGUCGUCUUGGCGCUGCUGUCUAUUUUGGACGAGGCUGAAGCGCUCGUGUAUGCCAACCCGCCCGACGACGCCGGUGGCUCACGGUUCGGCAACAAGCGAUUCCGCGGCUUCGUGGAUCAGGUGCGGCAGCGGGCAGUGCAGUGGCACAAGGAGGAGUUGGGAAUGAAGGAGAAGGAGACGGCGAAAGACGAGGGCGAGCGCGAGGGUGCGAGCGAGGGCGUGUCGGCGAUUGCGGAAGCGGCGGCGUACCUGGCCCAGGCCUUUGGCAACCGCGCGCGCAUCGACUACGGCUCCGGCCACGAGCUUCACUUUGUCGUGUGGCUGCUGUGUCUUUACCAACUGGGCCUCGUGAGCCGUGACGACAUGCCGGCGCUUGUGCUGUGUGUAUUUACGCGCUACCUCGACGUGAUGCGCCUUGUGCAGACUACAUACUACCUGGAGCCUGCGGGCUCGCACGGUGUGUGGGGGCUGGAUGAUUAUCAGUUCCUACCGUUCCUGUUCGGCGCCGCACAGCUGCUGCAUCACCGCUACAUCACGCCUCGGGCGGUACACCAGCCACUGACGCUGGAGCAGUUUGGCGACGACUAUCUGUAUCUCGGCCAGGUGCGAUUUGUCAAUAGCAUCAAGGCGGCCUCGACGACGAAUGUCGUGCAGGUGGGCGAUGGCGAGAAACUGACGGCUGGUGGCGGCGGCAGCGGUGACUACAGCUUGCGCUGGCAUAGUCCCAUGCUGGACGACAUCUCGGCGACCAAGACAUGGGAGAAGGUCGAGGGUGGCAUGCGGCGCAUGUUUGUGGCCGAGGUGCUGCGUAAGCUACCCGUGAUGCAGCACUUCUUGUUUGGUUCGCUGGUACCGGCCGCGCCGAGCAUGACGCUGCCGCGUGAGGGGAAGGAGGCCGGCGAGGCGGGCGCCGACGUGGACGACGAGGACGAGGACGCGAUUGUAGACGGCAACGAUACUGUCGACGUCUUUCAGGAGGGCGGCGUGCGCCAUAUUCACAACCCCAGCGGAUGGGGCGACUGCUGUGGUAUCCGCGUGCCGAGCAGUCUUGGUGCUGCUGGCGAGAUGCGCAAAAAUGGCCGCGAAGCCCUGCGGAGAAUUCCCUUCGACUAA